GUUAUCGUUCAUAUACUUUUUUUUCGCUAAAAAUGAGUAUUAGAAAUUCUGCUUGAAAGAGAAAGAGAGAGAGAGAGAGAAAGGGAUAUUUUAAGCACGCUAAAACACGCAAACCGGAUUUGAUUACGUGGAUUGCAUGUUUAAUUUUGUCGUUUAAUCUUGAUUUGGAGUAGAGAAAUCGCUGUUUUUCUUUGACGUUUCGUUGAUUUGGAUUUGGUGUAAAGGUGUAAAUAAUAAUGGCCGCAGAAGAGGGCUUCGAACAAUUUGAAGAUGAGGAGACGGAGAUAGCGAUAGGAGGGACAUUACCAGGAGGUCGUAAGCGUUUAUUCUCAAAGGAAUUAAGAUGUAUGAUGUACGGUUUCGGAGACGAUCAGAAUCCUUAUACAGAAAGUGUUGAUCUAUUGGAAGAUCUUGUAAUCGAAUUUAUCACUGAAAUGACACAUCGUGCAAUGGAAAUUGGUCGCACUGGUAGAGUACAAGUUGAGGAUAUCGUAUUUUUAGUUAGAAAAGAUGCGAGAAAAUAUGCCAGAGUAAAAGAUUUACUCACAAUGAAUGAAGAACUAAAGAAAGCGAGAAAAGCUUUUGAUGAGGUUAAAUAUGCAGGUACUGUCAAUCAGUGAAAAAUGCUCUCAUAUAAUGCUUGCAUUUUAGAUAUUUUUGUUUCUCUAGUGGUUUUUUUUACGUAACAUCAUUCCUAUAUAUUUUUCCUUUAUAUCGAUUUUUUUUCCUUAAAAUAUCGAAAUUCAACUACUACCUUGAAUAUUUUUUUUUCUUCUAUAUAUUAUUCGAUAACUUAUCAAGAUAUCGUUUCUUUCUUUAAUUGCGUAUGACACGUAAUAUUUUUCAGCGCAUGAAAGUUAGUUUCUUUUUUCUUUCUUAUACAAAGAAUCAUUGAGAAAAAUGCUGCUAAAUGUUUAAAAUUCUCAUUUAGAAACUACAACAUAUUGCAUAUUAUUUUAAUUUUUUAUUUUUAAAAAAGUAAACAAUUUUUCAAUUAUUAUUUUGUCUAUUAUAUAAAUGAUAGUUACUUUAUUUCAUUUAUAUCUGUUGAUAAUUUGAAUAGAUAUUUUUUUUUUUUUUUGGGUGAUGGAUAAAAGAAAUUAGUUUUUUCUAGGGUAUAAUUUUAAACUGAAAGACUGCUUAAUGUUUGUUUUAAAUUAUUUCUUUAUUUUAUCUCAUUGAGAUCUUGAUUUGUUGAAAGUUUAUGAGUAUUGAUUGCAAGAAUAGUUGAAAUAAGUUAUUUUGAAUGACUUUGAAGGUCGAAUCAAGGCUGAAUGCUUUCUGCAAUACAAAUAAAUAUAAUUUUAAAAAAAAAUACGAAAAAAAUGUCUUCAAAUCUAAAAGAUAAAAAAAAAUAAUAUAAGAUAAUUUUUCUAGUAGAAUUUUUCAUCUGGACUCAUAUUGUCUUUUUUUUCGUUUAUAUUAAAUGCGGUUGCAUUUCUUUUUUGUUUUCUCAUAUAAAAUUGAAACUACGUUUUGUUAUUGUUAGUAAAAGAUUCUUUUUUUUUGGUUACAUUUCGCAAGUAGAAUGUUUUAGUAAAAAUAAUAUGAAUAGUUGCAAAUUAUUUUAUAAAAAACAAACAAUUUAUGGUUAUUGUUAUGCGCAUAAAUUGCUGAAAUAAAACUAAUGCCUUUGGCAUGUA